CACGCGCCUCGCGCGUUGCCGCCGGCUUUGGGUGGGGUCUUAUUGGCUGGAUCGUGGCCAGGCCCGGAGGGAGGGAGGGAGGGAGGGAGGGAGGGCGGGAAGGAGGGAGGGACGACGGGGAGGAAGCCGAAUUUUGAAUGCCAGGAAGUUGUGAUAGCGGCACGCUUGCAGAUCGAAAGCAUGAAAGCCUCCGUGUCCUCCUCCCCGCCCUCCCUCGGCUCCGCCUUCCUGACCCUGGCUGUCAACACCUCCGCAGCCUUCGAUACACAGCAUCCUGUCGAGGCAUUUCAGGUCUCACCACAGGGAGUGCAGAUGGUCUGGGAUGGAUUGAUUCAGGACGGAGGGGGCGGGGGCUUUGCUGUCCACGACGAGGUUAGGGGGUGGGGAGGGAGAGAGGGAGGAAGGGAGGAAGGGAGGGACAACGGAAGGGAGGAGGAAGGGGGGGAGGGAGGGGGGCAACGCAGACUGACGACGGGAGAGAGGGAGUCCUGUGGUGACAUUACCGACGUCUUUGUCUCGGGGAAAACACGGCGGGAGGUAGAUGCGGCCCUCUUCACCCUCCCUCUAGCCAUCACCCCUGACUCCACCCCGUCCUCCCUGCCGCCCUCCAUCGCAUCCUCCAUUGUGCGAAACGCCUUGCCGGCUCUGAAGGACGACGAGGAUCUUCGAGCGGCCCUCCUGGGGCGAGAAAGAGGGAAUAGAUGGCUGGAGACGCGCGACAAGAAGCUUCUGAGCAAGCUAGCGGACUUCCAUCUUCUAAUCUACCUAUCCAAUGUCUUUGGGUGA